AUGGGAAAGUCAAAAGCGGCAGCAAACGAUCAGGCAAAGAAGCCUGAUUUCGUGACGCCGGAGUACAUAGCACAAAUGCGAGCUUUGCGAGAAGCAAAGAAGGCAGCAAAGGCGCUUGAAAGGGCUGCGAAUCCUAUUGAAGACACCGACCUAGCUUUCGACACGAGUUUUGUUAAGCGGCCAUUACUGAAAGUUCCGUUCGGUAACGGCACUGCACCAGAAGGCUUGUCCUUCACCAUUAUGACGUAUAACGUCCUUGCGCAGACCCUGAUCAGAAGGAAAUUAUUCCCCACGAACGGUGAUGCUUUAAAAUGGCGUUUUCGAUCAAAGAUGCUGCAAGCCGAAAUUGAACAUUAUAUGCCCUCUGUUCUUUGUAUGCAAGAGGUCGAUAAGGACAAGUUCGUUACUUUCUACGAACCCUUGCUAAAGCGGUUGGGUUAUGAAACCGCUUUCCAUCACGGCUUGAAGAAGACCCACGGAUGUUGUAUUGCAUGGAAGGGCUUUGAUGUGGAAGAGCGUAAAGAGCUCAGUCUGGAUGAUACCUCGGACGGGAAGCCGAGACCUUUGAGAAAUACGGGAAAUAUUGGUUUAGGCUUGCGACUCCGAAGUCGUGCCCAGCCUGCACAAUUCUUCGUGAUUGCAACAACGCAUCUGUUCUGGCAUCCGGAAGGUAGCUAUGAGCGUGUCCGCCAGUCUUCCAUAUUGGUGGAAGAGAUGACAGGCCUCGCUGUGGACGCUUGUCCUGUUUUUAUUGCCGGUGACUUUAAUACUGAUGUAACGGAUCCAAACUAUCGUUGUCUCACAAGUUGCAGGCCUAUCAACCUUAACGAGGAAGAUCGGUGUGUCUUGAAGAGGAGUAUCGAGUACCCUUUUGCACCUCAGGAUGUGGACGAAGGGGGAGACGACGACGAUGCCGUUGAAGAUGAUGAUACUCCUGCUGAUGAUGAAGUUGGAGAAGGAGCUGGGCCAACCAAGUCUUCUUUCGAGGACAUGACGCUUCUUCCCUACAGUGACCUUGUAAAGCGUCAUGAAGAAAGAUGCCCCGAACGUCUGAUCAGUCUGUAUGCUACCAAGUAUACCAGUGUGCACGCUGAGAAUGCCCACCAGCAUGGUGAGCCUGCUUUCACGAACUGGGCCAGAGUUUACCGCGGAAAUCUCGAUUACGUGUUCGUUCUCGACAGAGGUGAUCCUUCGAAAACGAACGAUAUCACACGUGGCGUCAGCUGCGGAGGGCUGCUUCGAUUGCCGACGCCAGAUGAGAUGCCUACAGAGGGGCUUCCACGGGAAGGUCUAUACCCGUCCGAUCAUUUGGCCAUCAUGGCGCAGGUCACACUCACAAGUGAAUAGAAGGCACAGAGCAUAGACAGUCUAGAUAUUUCAGUAGUUAGAUAUGGACAAUGUGAAACGCUUGCGACGAAUCUGCGAAUAUCUGAUGGCAUCAGCAACCGCGCCGCAGCCAGGCAACCUCUCGGGAGCCGAACACGUCAUCUGCGAACCAUAUUACGGGUCGGGGAAGAACUUACUGCAGUCUCAUACAGACAGAC